UCGCAGCUGGCAGCAGCUCUCCGGCUGUUGGGAAAGCUCGGUUACAAAAGGAGAAGGCAAGCAGCUGCUCGGCAAGCCCUGCACACCCACCGCUUCCAGCAGGAGCCUGCACCAGGCCAGGAGUGGGGCCAGAGAGCGAGCUGCAGCCUCCCUGACCCCAGCCCUCUCUUUGGAGAGGCCACCAGCAACCUCUGCAGCAUCCAGCUCACUGGGGUCCUGCAGCCAGCCCGGGGCAGCAGCAGCAGCACCCACGGGGCCAGAGCCUGCCCGCACCCAUGGGUCACCUCCCCAGCAGCUCUCGCUUUGCUCCCCACGUCGCUGGUGCUGCAGGCACAGGCAGACCGAGUGACCUUAGAGGCAGGGGCAUGCGGCGGUCCGGUAACCUCGCACAUCGCCUCGCCUCCUUUCCUCCUCCACCUACAACAAUCUGUAUUUAAAACAGCCCAGCACAAUGCGGAAGAGCUGGACAAAGAGCGGGGAGGCUGUGGUUCCUCUCAUCAUCGGGAGAGGGGCACGAAAAAAUCCUGCUCUGUCGGUCGGCUCACUCAGUAACUUAUUCUGUGACAGUGGCCCCGCGGGUGAGUCACCGCGCAGCGGUCGAUCCUCCAGAGAUUAGCAGAGGUGAUGGUGCUGCUGAUAGACCGGUGUUAUAUUACAAUACAAAUCAUAAUUCCUGUUUCACAACUCCCCUUGUGGGUUUUAAGGAGUGCUCGGGCGGUUCUGCCCCAGUGUCAGCACCGCGCCGGCACGGGGCGCUGGGAGCACCCCCGGCCCCAGCUCCCUGGGCACUGGGGCACCCGCGGCCUCCCCGUGCCCAGGGUUUCUGCUGGGUUUCUGUGCACAGAAGACCCCCCAGGAGCUGGAUGGACAUGGACCCAGCCUCCGAGCGGCUGAACGGCGGCGGAGGUCCCAGCACCAGACCCAAAACCUGCUCGGUGCGGCGGUUCUGCAUGCGUGUCGGCAUCCCCGUGCUGGUGGUCGUGCUGAGCCUCGCCUGCCUGGCCGGGAUCGGGCUCCUGGUCAAGGCUUACCUGGAGUACCACUACUUCUUCUGCAAGCAGCCCCUGAGGCUGCUGCCCCUGGCGAGGGUCUGCGACGGGGAGGCAGACUGCCUGCACGGCGAGGACGAGGCCAGCUGUCCCCAGCACGUCCCCGAGGGGCCGCAGGCUGGCGCCCGCGUCUCCAGGGACAGAUCCAUCCUGCAGGUGCUCAACAGGAACACGGGAGCCUGGUCCUGCGUCUGCUACGACCACUUCAACCUGGCCCUGGCCAAGGCAGCGUGCGAGCAAAUGGGCUACAGCAGCACCCCAAGCUUCCGAGCAGUGGAUGCGGGCGUGGGGCAGCCCCUGCCUCCCCGCGAGCUGGUGCUGAGCGAUGGCAGCCUGCAGGUGCCCGAGCCGGGCAGGAAAUGCCUCUCCGGAUCGGUUGUUUCGCUCGUUUGUUCCAGCUGCGGCGAGAGCGCGAGGACACCGCGUGUGCUGGGCGGGAGGCCGGCGGCCAUCGAGUGGUGGCCGUGGCAGGUGAGCCUGCAGUACAGGACGGAGCACAUCUGCGGGGGCAGCGUCAUCGAGCCCGGCUGGAUCCUCACCGCGGCGCACUGCUUCAAGAACAACCCCGUCAUUCCCAACUGGCGAGUGAAGGCCGGCUCCGACCUCCUCUCGGGCUCCGUCACCCUGGCUGUGGAGAAGGUCUUCCUGGCCGAGGUGACGCCGCCGUCCCCCAAGGACAACGACAUCGCCCUGGUGAAGCUGCAGUCCCCCCUGCAGGUCUCAGACAGGAUCAAGCCCAUCUGCCUGCCCUACUUCGACGAGGAGCUGGUGCCAGGCACGUCCCUGUGGGUGACAGGCUGGGGCUACACGAAGGAGCACGGGAAACUGUCGGAGACCCUGCAGCAGGCGGAGGUGAAGCUGGUCGACACCACGAGCUGCAACCUGGCUGCGUACCACGGGGAGGUGACGGAGAAGAUGCUGUGCGCCGGCGUGCCGCAGGGCGGGGUGGACACCUGCCAGGGGGACAGCGGCGGGCCCCUGAUGUACCUGGGCAGGCACUGGCAGGUGGUGGGCAUCGUCAGCUGGGGCCAGGGCUGCGGCACCCCCAGCACACCCGGCGUCUACACCAGUGUCCGAGCCUACCUCAACUGGAUCUACGCCGUCCGCAGGUCAGAGCUCUGAGACCUGCCGGGACAGGUCCCCCCCAGCCUCCCUCCCCGUCCCUGUGCUCUUGGCUGCCUCGGCUCCAGCAGCAGCUGGGACCAAGCUCAGUGCCGGAGCCGCGCGGUGCCUCCCGAGCCCUCGCUGGCUCCGUGGCUGAGGACACCAGGGGCCAGCCAAGGAGGCAAAGGGCAGCUCGGAGCAGCGGCCACCGAUACCACGAAGGAAUCCGAGCGGCUCAAGCUCCCUCCCGGAGAGAGGUUAACUUAUUGCCCUGUGCUGAGCCUGCGCUGUUGGGCUCAACGCUGCUGUUUGCUCGUUAUUGUUUUACAGAGAGAGCUGAUGGUUGUGCUAUCCCCAUUAAAGGAAAGGAUUUGUGUUUUUUUUUUCCACGCAGCCUCGGAAGGCUUUGUCCCACGUGCUCUCAGGA